UGCACAAUCAAUCUCUGUUCGGUUCUGUCAAGAAAGGAUUUUUCAAAUUCAAAUCUAAGGAGACAGAUCGAACUCAUUCAACCUCCUUUGAUCGGAGAUCGGAGAGCAGCAGCAAUUCCAUUUCACUCAUUGGUUGCCGGAUAACCAAUUACAUUCACUCACAACUCACAACAGGAGUUGAUUCUCAUCAUUCCAAAAGUUUGGACAACCAUCAAUGUGAAGACGAAUAUAUAUUCAAUGAAAAAGAUGAGUCUUGACUUUCCGAAGUCUAUGUAUUGUUGGAAUCAGACGAGUCUUUAGCAGAAAAAGGUGGGGGGAAGACAAUUCUAUUGGUUGGUUAUCCUUCCAGUACUCCUAUGGAUCUUGAUAAAGGAAUGAGCAUUGCCAAAGAUAUGCGUGAUGCCGAUAAUGAGGAUACAGUUAUGGCACCUUCAAGUGACAUUGAUCUUAAUACUGAAGACUUUUGUAGUUCUAUGAAUCAAGAUCUAUUUUUUCCAUACAAAAAUUUGAAGCCGAGAGACAUGUCUGAGUGUGGAAGCUCCACUGGCCCAUUGGAAGAAAAUGAUUCACGCAAACAGUGGGAAAAGAUGAAACAAAAUGGUUAUCUUUCUUCAUCUCAUGGAGGCAUACCGGUUCCAAAGCAACGAGGAAGAAAAAGUAAAAGUGAAAACAACUAUAAGAAAAAGAUGGAGAUUGCAAAGAAGGAGCAGGUUGACAGAUUUACUAAGAUUGCUGCUCCGAGUGGACUGCUCAACGAAUUGAACCCUGGGAUUAUAAACCAUGUGAGGAAUAGAAAACAAGUCCAUGACAUAAUAAAGGCACUUGUAAGAUCCGAGAAACAUGAAAACAACCAUUUGGGAAACAAACAAGGAAGUCAUACCAAAAAUGGAACUAAAGAAAUUUGUUACCGAACGGAAGACAAUGGCUUGUCUCUUGAAGAUAAACCAUCAAGCGCUUUCUCUUGGGAAAGGCAAACAAGAGGGUACCCUAUAUCUAUUGGUAAAUGUACUCAGUUUAAGCAAGAGAAAGAAGGAGAAAGUGACCAAACCAUGGAAGAUAGGUUUUCCGAUAUAACUGGUGUAUUGCAAUCUACUGUUGUAAAUGAGGACGAUGCACUGGCUGUAAAGCUAUCAUCAUCAACUAAGAUGUCUGAGAAUGAGAACUCCACCUCUAAUGAGGAUUCAGCUUCACAUCUUUCUGCCAAAGCUGCCACGGUUGCUUCUCAGUGGUUGGAUCUUCUACAACAAGACAUUAAAGGACGCCUUUCUGCCUUGCGACGCAGUAAGAAGAGAGUUCGAGCUGUAAUUACUACAGAGUUGCCGUUCUUGCUAUCAAAGGAAUUUUCACUUGAUGAAGACAAUAAUAAUCUGCAUGCAAUGAAAAGCACAGCAGCAACUGCUGACGUGCAUCGAGCAAGGUGGGGUAAACUGUUCGAUGGAAUGGAUAAAGAGCUUUCUGAAGAAGAGAAACACCUGGAAAGCUGGUUGAAUCAAGUAAAAGAAAUGCAAAUGCAUUGUGACAAAGGAUUACAACACAUUCACUGGAGUACAAUAAUGGGUGGUAUUCAUAGGUUGGGAAAACUGGAUAGUGAAUUCCGAUCACAGAAAUCGGAUAACUCGGAGAGGGAAUUGGCUGUAAGGGCUGCUGCAGCUUCCAUUUAUUCAACUUGCAACUACCUCAGCACAGAAAAUAUAUCCUGUUUUUGAUGAUGUCCUUAAUCUGUUAUGUUCUUUUUUCUUCCUUGGUUGGGGGGUGUGUUGUUACCUUCACCAUGCUAAUUUGCUAACUAGCCAAAAUUCUCAAGUAGUCACUCACAUGGACAAGGCUUUACUGAGCCUAAAUCCUCUCUGUAAAAUUACAUUUGAGAGUUAUCACGAUGUAAUGUCAAAUUUAUUGGCCAGUUCUUUAUGGUUAAAA